AUGUCGAGUAUGAUACCCGAGAGGGAACAACAGAACCAUUGUCGACAGGCAAAGUCCCAUUGGAAUGGCCGCAAACACCACGUUGUGCUUCGCGAACGUUUCCACAUGCAGCUGUAUCAAGCCGAAACGAGUACUGUGCUGAAAUCGGAAGAUGCAGCUAUUGCUACCGUAAUCUGUGAGGGCGGAGUUCGUGCUCAUGCAACCGGUUUUGGAGGUGGAAUGGUUAUGCUUCUACAUGAUCGAAAUAAAAAUGAAACGUUAGUGAUCAGCGCGUAUUCAGCCGCUCCGCGCACCGCCACCGAAGAAACGUUUGUUACUAAUCCUGCUUUGGCAGAAAUCGGUUGCUCAGCUUAUAAGCUGACCAUCACUGAGGGCGAAAUAUUUCGUGAUUUAUAUCAUGCCGCUUUUCUUCGUCGCCUCGCUAUCGCUAGGGAUCCAGUGGAGUUGUUCUACAGAGGCGAAAUCGCCAAUCAAAUCGUUCUCGAAAUGAAACAACGUGGUGGUUUGUUAACCAAAGUCGAUCUGGCCAGCUAUGAAACGAACAUCGAAAAGCCGAUUGAAGUCAGAUUAUCCAACGGAUACACCUUGAGAGGACCUCAACCACCAUCCUCCUUUACAGCUCUGAGUCUACUCGUGGACACCAUGAUGAGCCGAUUCUGGAGCGAAUCGAAUAUCACCAUGGAUGCCUCCUACCUCAGAGAGCUUCUGAAGGCUCAGCAACUGGCUCUGUCGAGGCUGGAAGAAUUAGGCGAUCUGGAAUAUAUGUUAAACGAUCCAGUGACACAAGUCCUGCAAGCACCUCAGAACAGUACCAGCUACGAUGCUUCCCAUGAAGAAAAGAUCGCUGACAUUCGAAAUUUGAUGUGGAAUCUGAAAGAUCAAGGCUCCGUGGGUUCCCACAUAAACGUUAUGGAUGGAGGAGGGCUUGCCGUGGCGCUAAGCUCUUCUCUCAAUGAAAGAUUCGGUUCGGUGAGGCGAUCUGUGAAAGGUGGAUUUGUAUGGAAUAACGAAAUGUCGUCAUUCACUAUUCCUGACAAAGAAAAAAGUGAAGAUAUACAUGUGAAUGCAGUUGAAGGAAGAAAGCGACCACGUAGUUCAAUGAUGCCACUGAUGGUUUUUGAUGAAGCUGGUCAGGUAAAACUUACCUUUUCGAAUAAAAUGUGUUUCAAUGUGACUAGUCAAGUUAUAGAAAAUCUGUGCUAUGAGGGGGAACGUCCGUUCCGCGCGUCCGUCGAAACUAUGUCACCCCUCCCACUUCGUACGCGGCGCUCCCAAUGCGAUUCCGAGAUGCCAUUACGGUACCACCAAGUGUCAGUGGAGCGAAUGAUUUGCAUUGGUCCGCGUUAUCUUUCUUUAGGCUGA